CGAGUGUAGCAGCACGUGUGGCGCAGGUCAGGUUGUGGUGAGGAUCUCUGCCAAUAGAUGGCCCCGCGCUGUCAGUCUUUUCACACACCAAGUGGCGUGAGGAUGUGUGCGCGGCGUUCCCUACAAUAUCUUUGAAUAUCAAUGAUGCGGGCGGCGGGUUCCCCCCGGCCAGGUGCUCUUGGCGUGAGGGAUGCGCUCCGACCCCCGCCCGGGCAAGCCGCCUGACACCCCCGUCGCAGCCCCACACCGGCCCUCCUCGCCGCCACCGCCGCUUCUCCUCACGCAGCAGAGCACCGCUGGCGCCACCACCACCCCCACGAUGAUUUCUUUAAGUAUGUGAUACCAAAUCGGAAUCAAUGAUAAGUGAAAAUCCAUGGAACUGAAAGAAAAUUACAACGUCAGCAGCUUGAAAGACAACGUAAAGCUUCCACACGUAGCUUCAUCGAUUAUAUGCGUUUUAGACGUUAUAUAUUAUUGUAUGUAAGGCACAAAUGUUUCGUUGCGAGUAGCGAAAGUUGUAGAUCUGUCUUUUGCUCACUUUUCAAAGGCAAGAGUUAUGGCUGAAGUCACCUGGGUCUCCAGAUGCUUGCGGGUGUUUGCCAGCCUGUCGCAGGUUGUGUCGUGACCUCACGUCAGGUACCCCACUGGCUCAUCGUCACGUGGUUGCUCCUCUGACUGUCGUAAAUAUCCUUAAGUCAACACAAAACAAGGGUUUAGUGAAGUAAGUUUUAAAGCAGGACACUGCCAAGGAAUAGACAAAAAGUCAUCGCCAGCAAGGAGGAAAAGUCCCCUUAAGACGCAAGAAUCACGAGUGCACGGAAGACACCGCUGUGGUACUCAUGUGAAGGCCGCUCAGUGACGCGCUCACAGAAAUGAUGGCACAAAGGAAAUGCAGCAAAAUGCCCGGUAAAUUAUUACUGAUGUCCUGAGCCAGUGAGAAAAGUAGAUACAAAGAGACACGGGAAUAAGAAUUCGAAGACCGGAGGGACGGAGGAGGAGGAGGGAAAGGCGAAGUAGGGGAGACGUACAUCAUGGGAGAGCUUCAGGCGACUAUCGAACUGGCACUUCACAUCCACAAGUUCUACAACGUCGACCUGUUCCAACGGGGAUACUACCAGCUUCGUUCAUACAUCAGAUCAUCUCCCAAACUCCCUGCCAAGAUAGAAAUAAGUCAACCACGCAGCUCCAGUGGUGCUGGGCUGGUGUUCCCGGCGUGUGUGGUGAAUGGUGCGGCAGUCAGCAAGACCUUCCAGAUCCUGUACCGCAACGAGGAGGUCCACCUUGACGACCACGUCCUCUUCAAACUGCACCUCAUUGUUGAUGCUCACAAGCUGGCAGAUAGCCUAGACCGGGCAGACCUGCAGCUGGUGGUGGAGCUGUGGUUCACGGAACAUGCCUUUGGCCCAGACCACCACAAUGCCAUCCAGUGUGUCUCCACCAGGACCCUCAACCUCCACUUUUCUCCUACCAGGGGCCUUCACUACCACCUGCCGGUUCUUUUUGACUACUUCCACUUAUCAGCUGUCACACUCACAGUCCAUUGCUGCCUUGUAGCCCUGCACCAGCCAUACAUCAAUGGAGGCCGCAGUGGCAAAUCUUGGAGCUCCCCUCGUCUCAGUGCCCGCACACAGCAGUCCAACAUGGAGACUAUCUUUUUUGGCACCAUUAACAACACCAUCAAAUGUGGUGGUGGUGGAGGCAGCAGCAGUGCUUCGUGGCGGUUGGCCCAGGCACGUGCCACUCACCGCACCAUCUGCACCCUUCUGCUAGCUGCUCACACUGCCCUGGCUGCCCAGCUAGAGACUAUCAUGGCUGUUCUUCCUCCAUGGGUGGCUAGUGCAGGCAAUGCAGGGGCAGCCUCCACAGCUCCUUCUACUCCUCAGCCCACACGCCUCAAAGUGGAUAAUUUGUCUGAAGUGGCCAAGGAGUGUUACUUUGCUCUCAUUGGAGGACAAACACCUCGCUUUGAUCGCCGCCACGCUGAAAGGACAAGGACGGUUGACUGUGAAGAGGAUUUUCUUGUUGUGGCCAAUAGUGACAUUGCACAGCUGUGUGCCGAAAACAUCCUCCUGUGGCAGCAUUUCCUCUCGGUGGUGAUGAAUUCAGAUGCUGUGAGGCAACACCUGGCCAAGCAGCACCACAUUCAGCGGGUGAAGAGAUUUGCAGAGGCAUUUUUUGUCAUUGAUAAUCCUCGGCCAUCUGCCAGUGGGUGCUAUGAUAGCAACUACCAGAACUAUGUGUUGGUUUCAGAAGCUGUGAGGCGCUCCCGCUACUUCAACCUGCUGCCACCGCUGGCUAUAGAGUGCACAGAGAUGGAUGGUGAUGCAUCAACACUUCCUGUGAUUUUUGAAGACCAGUAUCAACAUGUUGCUGAGUUUGCCCGUAGAAGAUCUAUUGUUAGCCGUAAGUCAGAAAAUUAUCUUAGUGCAACAGAUAUUCAGAUUGCUGUGGACCAAUUGGAUGGAGAGAAUGUCAAGAGAGAAGUCAUUCCACCUGAUGUGACUCGACCAGAGCCACAGACUCGUAAUGGCAUCAAACCUUUGGCAGCUGAAUCUCAUGUUACAGUCUUGUCUCAAUUGGAGUCUAAGCCCACUCAUAAUCAUGACUCCAAGUCACUUUCAAGCCAAGAGAAUAAGUCUCUUGCCAGCACUGUCUUUGAUUCCAAGGCAGCCAGUACCAGUGGCUAUGAGUCAAGAGGAACUAGUAAUACAGAAGGAAAAGCUUCAAAACUUGCUACCAAAAAUAUGAAAUCACCAUCACUAGGUGUAAAGCCUUCAAUUCAAAAUUAUGUCAUAGAGAAAGAUCCUAAAGGAACACUAAAGAAAGGGAAAGGAGGGGAGGGCCGGUCACGCAGUAAUGAUUCACGGGUAUCAUCAGUACACAGUGGUGGUAGUGGUAGUAGUAAACAUACUUUAGGCAGUGGCUCAGAAAGUGAUGAAAAGACUCUUGGUUCUAAGGCUUCUAAAGGCUCCAAAAGUUCCAAGGCCUCAGAAGUCUCAGCUAAUAAGGAAGAAACUGAGGUAGAAGACAAACCACCACUGCCACCUCGCACAGACAAGAUGCCUAAGGACUUCAAGCCUCCAAUACCCCCUAAGACGCACAAGCUUCCAAUGCCUAGAAAUAGUUUGAAGGAAAAAUUGAAAAACAAUUUGAAACUAGAAUUACGGUUACCUGCAAGUCAGGGCUCUGCAUACAAACGAGCAAAAUAUAAAUUAAAGUUGAUACAAAGAGCACAACAGCUCAGGUCAAACUCCUCCAGCCAUCACAAAAGCAAAAGAGCGCAAGCAAAUGCCAUUGCUGAGAAUGUGGUGCUCCUCAAGUACCGCAAACUGGAGCCUUCACUCAGCAUGCCCUACAACCUUGGGGCUCACACUCCAGGGAGCAGUGGUGGUGGGGACCAAAUCAUGCGGCACUCACAAAGCACACUAUCCAUGCCUUCUUUCCUGUGGGAGGUGGCCACUGCCUCCUCUCCAGGUAUCACUGAGUCUAUGCCAGAUCUCCUGGCAACAGAUUCAGAAUCUUCAUCUGAAAUAAAUGCCAAGGGUUCUGUAGCUCCUCCUCCCCGGCCUGCACGCCUUGAUCGUAACCCACCCAUUCUUUCCAAUGUUGAGGUUGGUCUUGUUUCUGCCUCUGACUCUACCUUAUUACAAAUUGGUGGUGAAAAAGUAGACCAGAAGCAUUUGAAUAAAAAAGUUACAUCACCAGUAAAAAAGACACCUGACAAUCCUAAGCCUCUAAUUCUUCACCAAGAUUCAUCCUCUAACAGUGACAUAACCUCUGAACAGAGUGGAUGGGUCUCCAACUCCAGUCGACAGAGUUCAGGUUCCUCAAGCGGCCAGAUUAGUCCUGAUCUAGAUAUAAAACAGUACCCCAUCAAGGACUUACUCUCUGCAACCUCUACUGUACAAUUUAAAGCCAAUGGAGCUCUUAGUAAUGGUUCAAAUUCCAAUGGAACAAAAAGCAACACUCUCAAGUCUAGUGGAUCUAAAGCUAAUUCUUCCAAAAGCAACAGGAACAAAAACAAUGGAGCAAAAGUUAAUGGCCCUCAGAUGCCAAAGGCUUCAAUGAAUGAAGUUGCCAGUAAAACCUUGCCAGGGGUCAAGUACAAAAACAAGCCUGGGUCAAGGAGCCCAGCCAAUCAUAGAGUUAGUAGGUCUGAAGCUCGGACACAAGGUCAUAAAGGAAUUGGGAAAGAGACUACUCAGAGAUCUGCUUCCAAUGACCAGCUUCAGAUAAAACAAAGAAAAAGUCCUCACAGAAAAGAAGUUAAAAAGUCUCAGUCUUUACAAAAAGUUAACAAUACCAAUAGAGGUGAUCCACAUGUGUAUGAAGAAGUACCCCUUCCUCCACCUCCAAAAGAGUUCCAGGACCCCUUGCCUGGCCUGAGAGACGCUUUGAGGAGAGAGGGAUAUGCCACCACUGGCAGGAUACCUCGGGAAGAUAGGGGAGCCAAACAUGUUAUCACUGGCUACAAAGACAGGCCAAGAAGUGAAAGCCCAAAGACUGAAACUGGAAGAGGACAGCGUGACGAUGGAUACAAGAGUGAACGCAGUCAUGCAAGCUCUCAUGCAGUAACUCCCAGACACAGUGGUGAGUUUGAAUUGGAGGACAUGGUCAAUGUGUAUGAGAGUGUUAGUGAGGUCCUUAAUGACGUCAAAAGGACUUCCAGAAAAGCUGGCCAUGGACCUGAUAAAUUUAAUUCUCUGCCAUCAAUGAGAAGAAGACACCAAUCUUCUGGUCCUGGACGGCCGGAGAAGAGGGGGCCAAGCAGAAAGAUGGCAGGUACUCCUGAUCGUUUAUCAGAACCAACACCCACAAAGAUGAACCAACACCAUAUUAAUGGCACUGAGCGAGUCCGCACUCAAUCAGCUCCACCACCCAAUCUUGAGAAGAGUGAUUCCUUGAAAGAAACCUCCAGCCCUCGGGAUAAAGAGAUCAAACCCUUGAGGAGAUUAGAACCUUUGUCAUCAAAAUCUGACCCUCUGGCACAACUGGCUGACAGCAAAUGUACUCUGCUUGAACUCUUCCUAGAGCAGCAGGGUGCCAGUGUCUGGGCUCACCGGGAGGCCCAGCGAGAGUUGCUCAAAGCUGCUCAAAUGGCUGCCAAAAAAGAAGCGUUAAACAAUGAGGCAAGACUCCUACAGGAGGCUGCAAGGAAGAGUGAAGAACAUUCCAAGCUGAACUCAGAUGUGACUAACAAAUCAGAGCUUGUGAAUGACAAUUUUGAAGAUAACAUGUCAGAUAUUCCACCUCCUCCCCGACCACCUUCACCAAGAGAGCGGAGUGAACCCAAGUGCACCUGUCCCUCUGAGCUGAGGAAGGAAAGGGGCCGCUUGGAGGACCCACCAGAUGUCCUGCCCCCAAGACUUCAUCCUCCUGUAGCUGACACUCUAGCAUUUGUUAAAGCAAAAGAAGAAUUCAAACAACAGAUGAACUUCCAAGGAUUGCUGUACAGUGACUUUUCGGGUCUGGCAUCCACCAUUCCUUACUUCCACGUGAGUGAUGACUGCAGAGUGCUAUCACCUGAUGGUCUGCACCUCAUAGUGUGUGUUCAUGGUCUGGAUGGUAACUCUGCUGACUUGCGGCUCAUCAAGACUUAUCUGGAAAUAGGUCUGCCAGGAGCCAACUUAGACUUUAUUAUGUCAGAGCGAAAUCAGGGAGAUACAUUUUCAAACUUUGAAACGCUGACAGAAGGCCUGGUAACAGAAAUAAUGUGUCACAUUGAGGCAUACAACCUCAAUCCCAAACGCAUUUCCUUUGUUGGUCACUCACUAGGAAAUAUAAUUAUCCGAGGAGCUGUGUCACACCCUCGCAUGAAGCCCUUUCUUCCAAGGCUCCAUACAUUCCUCUCACUCUCGGGCCCUCACUUGGGCACGCUGUACAACAACAGUGGUUUAGUCAAUAUGGGAAUGUGGUUCAUGCAGAAGUGGAAAAAGUCUGGCUCCCUCUUGCAGCUUUCCCUCAAGGAUCGAGUGGAUAUCCGCCAAACUUUUCUAUAUAGACUUACUCAGCGGUCGCAGCUUCACCAUUUCCGCAACGUGUUGUUGUGUGGAUCAUCCCAGGACAGAUAUGUUCCCCUGCACUCAGCUAGAAUAGAACUGUGUCGGCAAGCUGUCAAGGAUAACUCAGUCAUGGGGUCUGCCUAUCGGGAAAUGGUGUCCAACCUGCUGCAGCCCAUCAUCAGUUCCCCAUCAGUCACUCUGGUCCGCUAUGAUAUUCACCAUGCCCUGCCCUCCACCGCCAACUCCCUCAUAGGUCGGGCUGCUCACAUUGCUGUCUUGGACUCAGAGCUUUUCAUUGAAAAAUUUUUACUUGUGACAGGGCUGAAGUACUUUAAAUAAUGCUUAGAUUUAUAAGGUAGUAUUUCAGGUACUGGUAUUUUCUAUAUUUAGGGAUUUAAACCCUUUCUGUAGACAACUUUGGUACAUAGGAUGUAAAAAUUGUACAUAUGGGAGUUUUACAUAGAACUGAACAAGCUUAAUACCUGGUACCUGUGUGAGCACUCUUGGUGUCCUCAUCAAGUGUAGGGGUGACGUGAACUGAAAAUGAAACCGUGAAUACUUGGUAGAUUAUACUUGUGAUGUUAUUACUUGAGACAGAUUUUAAUGACUUUAUAUAUAUUUAAUGUUUGCAUAAAAUGUAGGUAAUUUGAUAUGUAUAUAUAUAUUCUGUGUAUUUUAAUUAAUUACAUAGGCAAUAUAUUUGAGUUUCACAUUUUGUAAAUAUAUCUGUAAGAGCUUGCUGUUUCAUAUUUUGCAAUUGAAUUAUUCAUAAAAAAAUAUAGGAAUGAUUUAUAUCGAGUGUUUAUAAGCCAGUGUUUCAUUACUGUACCAGGUUGGCAUCUGAGAUGUGUGUGUGUCAUCUGUGCCAUAGGAGUCAGUGAGGUCAAGUAUUGACUUGUGCUCCAAAGCAGUGCAGAUUUUAUCAUCACUUCAUUUACAUGUAUAUAUUUUUUUAUUAUAAAUCUUUAGUUCUUGCUUAUGAUAAAAAUAUGUAGUUAAUUUGUUAUUCAGUUAUUGUUACUUGGUGACAUUGUCACUAGAUCACAAGACUACAUGUUCAUUGUAUCUAUAAUUUAGUUGGUAUACAGUGAUAUUUCUCAUUACCAGAAUACUUGGUGCAGAUAUUUUCAGUCUGUGAAAGGUUUCAGUCCAAAUAGAUGUUAAUAAUGGAAUACAUUUUCUACAUAGAUAUAUUUAUCAUGGGGGAGGAGGGGAGGGGGAGUGAUUCAGCACCACUGCAUCCUCUUCCAUUUAUGCCUCUCUAUAUAAGGAAAGUAAUGAAUGAUUAUUCCAGUUUAUUUUCUUCAUUAGAAAUUUGAUGUUUUGAAGGGAAAAUGCUUACCAUUAAACAUACUAAACAUAAAGCCAGGGAACUUACAAAGCAUUCUCUUCCUGUGUAUUAUGAUACUUUAGUAGGUGAAGAUGUCACCCUCAGGACACAAGUGGCAUUAGAGUUGGCACACUCUUUGUGCUCUUGUUUGAUCAAGUCAUAGGAAAGAUUGAAGACAUACUCUAUCACCACUGGCCUUGAGUGUAUAAAUCACUUACUAGGGCUAUAAAAUACUACAUCACAGUCUCAGGUGCUCUUAAAACAUAAUAGUGAGACUAAAAGCUUUGAAUAACAAAAACAUGAUUUGCAAGAAAAUAAGAAACAGGUGAAAUCUGCCAAAAAUUUGUUUCUGUCUCUGUCAUUUGAUUGUACAUUUGCGUUCUAGAAAUUUAUAUUUAUAUUUGUACUAUUAUGAAACUUGUGUGCCUGGGUAUGGACAUAUAUACAGCAUAUGAAAUGCAUAAAUGUUCAUAUCUAUAUUAUGGAAAUGCAGCAAAAUUACAAAAUUGUUGGAGAUAUUAGAUUUGAAAACAACAACAAAAUAUAUCUAAAAUUAACAAAAAGUAGGUGUCAAGUGUACCUUAGGGACAGAUGAGUUGAUGUAUAAUGCUGCCAUCCUGAGGGAGAUGUUUUGUAUGGUUGUAAGGAGCAGAUGACUUUUUUCAUGUUUAUUUAUUUAUUUAUUUUUUAUGUUAUCUUUCUUCCACAUUCUUGCUCAAGUGAAGAAAGCAAGUUUCAAAGAUAACUUGAUAAAGCUCAUUAUUGUAUUUACUUUAUCAGCAUCAUUGGAUGUUAGAUAAGAGUACAUAUAAUUUUAUGGCUGUGUACGAGUCAUUUGCGUUCUGUACUAGAAAACAAAAUUUAGUUUUGUAGUAAUUAAAUUCUUUGUUUGGUCCAUUAGAAAAUAACUGGCAUAUAUUUUGGAUAAUUUUGACAUGAAACUACCUCAUUUUUCUGAAACUUCUCAUUUGCCUUGCCAUUCAACAGUCUUAAAUUGAUAUGUAUUUUCAUGUUGAAGCAUCAAAAAACAUCUUGAAUGCAUUUCAUGCAAAAGUGAGAGACUUACCAGAAAAUCUCUUUUAUUUUGGAAAAAUUGAGUCUUAGAUGCCCAGCUUGUGGUGUAAAUUUCUUUCACAAAAAUGAUACUCCAAACAGUAUGAGAUUCAACAACUGUUGAUACAAUGCACCUUUUAUCUUCAUGAAUGUGAAAUAAGUCUGUCUAUUCCUAAACAGUUUCUAAUUUAUAAUUAUGAAAGCAAAGUCUACUAUUUAUCCUGGUAUUUAGAGAUAUCACUGUAUAUUAAUUUGCUGUCAUGCAUAAUUUGUAAAAGUAAUGUUAAUACUCAUUUCAUUAAUUAAGCUUUUACCAAACUUCAUCUAGCCUUCCAACCCCAAAUUUCUAACCAGCAGGUGGAGGUAGUGAUGCCUAAAAAAAACCCUGAGGAAAGUGUGUAUGGAUGUUAAUAUGUAAUAUAGCUACUGUUACAGAGUGAGUGUAGGUGAUAUAAAAGAUUGGGGGAUCAUGGGAGAGAUUACAGGAAAAUUUUAAAACAGAUGCUCCAAAAAUUUCAUUAAAAUUAAAUGUGUAUAAAAUUCUCAAGCUAGAAAUUGUUUCAUCUGGUUUUGUUCUGCAUAAAUGGAUGUUGGACAUGAAAAGUGAGUAAUUUGUUAGGCUUAUAAUCUUUGUAGUAAUAUGGGCUUAGUAAAUACUGUGUUAAAUGAAGGUGCUAGCGUAGGUGUGUGGUAGCUAAAAUUAACAUGAAAAUGUUCUACAGGGUCCCUGCUAUUGUAGGAAUUUAUGUGAUGUUGACAAAGGCAAAAAAAUGCAUAGCCACCUCUCCCCUCCCACCAUGCACUGUUUAUUUAUUUAUUUAUUUAUUUUUUUUUUUUAUGGAGUGGUUUUACUUAUCUUUUGUAUUAAUUAUAUUCACAAGUUGAGUGGUGGAGGGGGACAAGCAAAGUCCGUGUUCACAUAAAUUUAUAUAUAGAUAUGGAAUAUGAAGUUUAGGUGUGUGUGGUCAUUUAUUUAUGUAUUCAUUUACUUAUUUCAUGUGCAGAGAUUACAAAGAACUAGAUUUCAGUAUUAGUGUGGCCAACUCUGAGCAAACCAAAUGUGAGUACAGGUUGUUGAGCUUAUUAAGAUUGAUCAAACCAUAAAUUUGAGUCAAUGAAAAAAAAUCAGGGAAGAAAUAUGUUGAAUCAGAGAGCAAGUUAUGAAAGUUGUACCUCAGACUGUUUAAUAUAUAGUCAUAAAGCUUGCGUGGUUGGUAGUCAGUGUAGAUAGUUGUGAGAGAUGAGUGGAGUACAAUGAAGUGUUUAAUAUUUUUGUAAUAUGUAUAUUGGUAGAGAAAAUUGUUCACUUGAGUUUUAAAAUAUGAAAUAUGUACUGGUAGCAUAGAGAAAAGCAUCAAAGCCUUGUGUAGGCAUGUAUGUGUGUGUGUGUGUGUGUGUGUGUGUGUGUGUGUAUGAAAGUGAGUGAGUGAGUGAAUGUGUGUGUGUGUGUGUGUGUGUGUGUGUGUGUGUAUGAAAGUGAGUGAGUGAGUGAGUGAAUGUGUGUGUGUGUGUGUGUGUGUGUGUGUGUGUGUGUGUGUGUGUGUGUGUGUGUGUGUGUGUGUGUGUUACCCCAUUGCUGGAAAGAUUUGUUUUGAAUUACUUUUGUGCAGUCCUAAGUGAAUAUUGUACUGCUAUUAUUUGUAUGAGCAGCAACAGGUUAAAGUGCCACUAUACCAACUUCCAAGUUUUACAGUAUUAUAACAUCCAGGGAAUGGAGUUGGAAUAUGGUAUUGUAUACCAAUUCACUUUUGAUCCCAGUAGUGUUAAAAGUUUUCCAGUUCACUACGUAUAGUGAAUCUCAGUGUUUCCUUAUUCCAGCACAACAAACCUUAAGCCAAAGAUUCUCUGUCGUUUAAUGUGACAUGUGUUUUUUCCAUUAAUCUGAGUUGCAGUAAAUAUUUCUUUUUUAUACAGUCACAUGAGCUGACGAGAGGUGUUCAUAGAUAAAGAUGGGCAUCAUACGGGAGCAACUCAUUGUCUCAGGCCUUCCACAGGAAGACUAUGUAAAUGGUUUAUAUUUUACAUGUAUUUUAAAAACUAACAUCAAAUUACUCCAUUUACUUUAUUGCAACCCAUUGCUCAAUACAAAGGUAUUUAACAUUUACUUGUGAAUACGUAACUCAGUGUUAAAUCAUCAAUUUCGUGGUAGAAACUAAUAAUGAUAUAGCUUUACUAUUUAUUAUCUGACUUUUGAAGCAAUAAUGAUUGCUUGUUUUAAAUUCCUUUUAAAAAUAAAUAAUCUUAUGUACACUGCCAAUUAGAUGUAGGCCAGUGCAAGCCAAGUAUUGAAGGUUCAUUUAGCAGCUCCUCGUAAAUCUCCCAAUUGGUUUUGUUUGAAUUAGCAAAUUGAACCAAACUGUGAUGUUGUCAAGCAUAGGUAAGACUGUCAAAACACUUUCAAUGAAACCAACAUGUUUUAAUAAGAACCUCUUAUCUCAUUACAUGUAACAUUUAGAAAAUAACAAAUGACAAAGUAUGCUGCUGCAGCUUGUCAGAAGCUGCUCCAUAACAUAUUGCCCCAUUCUGCGGGCAGAAAAUACCAUCAGUCAUGAGCACUCAAAUUUCUAAGCUGCACCCAUAGUCCUGUACAACAACAGAAUUCUGCAAUUACUACUAUUACUAUUAUUAUUAUUAUUAUUAUUUAUUUAUUUAUUUUUGUAUGUGUGUGGGGGUGCCUACCUAGCACAAGCCAGUGGAGUAGGAGUGCAUCAGGCACAUGUACAUUUACAAGUUCCCAAGUCAGCCCAUCACAUCAAGCAGAUGUACAAAACUCUCUAGUCAUGACCUCACUGCAAUAACACAAAUGGUUGUGGUGGGAGGUGGAGGCUUGGUGGUGAGGAUGAGUGAUAACUUGACUGAUAACCCCACAAUGGUGGGGCUCAACCCUUCCAUGUGUCUCCCUCAAAUUUCACUCAAAUUGUGAUAUUCACAAUAAAGUUUCCUAUUG